AUAAUUACGGUGCCCAUCAAAACUGUAUAUAAAUCCAAAACGUUUUGAAUCCGAACUUGUACCUAAUGUGGCCAUGGCACGUAUCCAUUCAUUAUCAGUUGCAAUAAAACACAUGUGGCGCUGCAGGUCCUUCCAGCAUUAGUGAGUCACAUAUCUCCAACACUUGCGUUCUUUCAACACCAACUAACCAACGAAUUUUCCAGUCCCUUGAAAAGCGACUGGGUGCUCCCUGUCGCUAUGGCUAAUUCCUUAGGAACCGGUGGAUCCAGUUUGAUCCAUCCCUCUGCUUCUUUCCUUCUUAGCAGCCCGUCGAGUCUUCCCUUUUCGACGUCCCUGUUGUACAUCAGGUUGAGUCGGGUUCGUGUCGAACUCUCCCGGAGUGAUCUAAUAUUUUUAACUCAUCAGGAGGCGCGCAAAAAAGAAACACCGACUUGGUUACCAUUGAGGGAAGAUGCGCUCCUUAACUUUUCCAUGCGCUUCUCAAACUUGCUGGCGUCACCUUUCUGGCCGGGUUUCUCUAAUAGCUUUAAUGAAUAAUGCAGAGCUGCUCUGCAUUAUUUAAAUAUCACGAGAGGAAAUAAGUGAUUUGGACUUUCUUGGUCUUUAAAGGGAGGUGGAGACGACCUAACACCCCCCCUCCCUCAGUCCUCGACUGAAAUUACCAAGUAAUUUUACUCAGGAGAGGCACUUGAAGCCGCACCACCGCAGUGCUGGAAAUGGAGGUGCCCAACGGCUACUCUGCGAGUAACGGCCAAUGCUCUCCAGGUAAGGAGGACUCAAGAAUCUCAAUGUCUAAUGGACAAAAUGAGUCGAAUGGUCGUAAUUCCCCCAGUGAGCUGAGCGAUAAACAGAUCAAACAAGAAGACACAAGUGAAGAGGCCGACAAUAGAAGUCCAGGGUGUGAAGCCCAAAACAGAGACGAAGCGACUUCUGCAGGGGAACCUAUGGCUGGCAGCCCGAGUAAUGCACAGGAUGGGAUAUCUGGACAAAAUAUGGCCGUGGAUACACCCAGUCGACAAUUAAACGGUGACCGGCCAUUCCAGUGCAACCAGUGUGGUGUCUCAUUCACUCAGAAGGGGAAUCUGCUGCGGCACAUUAAAUUACACACAGGUGAAAAACCUUUCAAGUGCCCCUUCUGCAGCUACGCCUGUCGCCGUCGUGACGCUCUCACGGGUCAUCUACGUACUCAUGCUGUUGGCAAACCACACAAGUGUAACUAUUGUGGGCGGAGCUACAAACAACGCAGUUCCCUUGAGGAGCACAAAGAACGCUGCCAUAGUUACCUGCAGAGCCUGGGUCUGGACCCAUCUGCCAACACAUGCCCUUAUCCAGGUGAGGUUCCUAAAGAGCCAAGGCCUUUGACGACAUUUGAGCGGCCGCUUGUCAUUGAAAGAUUGCAGAGUAAUGUUGGAAAAAGGAAGAGCACCACACCACAGAAAUUUGUGGGUGAAAAGAUGAUGCGCUACAACUACCCUGAAAUGGGAUAUGAGAUGGGCCUCAAGUUUGAGAAACAGGCUGAACUGUUGUCAGCCCACAUGAUGGAGCAAGCAAUGGGCAAUGCCAUGACCUACUUAGGAUCAGAAACACUUCGCCCCAUUCUCCAGCACACCGGCCACCAGCUCUCCAUGACGGAGGUUAUGCCCAUGGUCAACCCACUCUACCAUCACGUUCUGCCUCUUGACCAGAGAAUGGAGCGUUCAGGGAAUAUUGACUCACUGCCACCUCAGGCCACAUUACCCUCUGUUUUCCCCAGUCACAGCAACUCCAACGGGCCCGUUUCCUUGACUCGUCACGGUCGGCCGACCCAGUCAGGACACCAAGAGUCGCCGAGCAACAGCGGAGGAGACUCACCCGAGUCGGCUCGCAGCAGCCCUCGGGAACAGCAUGCUAACCCCGCUAGCAAUCACCCGUCCAGGCUCAGGUCACGCUCAAGUCCUACGGUUUAUUCAGGCCAUCACGCGGUAGAUGCGUCCCCCAGAAAUGGCUCAGGAACUUCCAGCGGGGUAGUGCAAGAAGCUUCAGAGAGGCCUGCAGUCCAGGAAGGGGUGCGAGUGUUUGGGCGAGAGGGUCGUGAGUUGCGGGCCUUCCAGUGCGACCAUUGCCAAGUGCUCUUUCUGGACCAUGUCAUGUACACUAUCCACAUGGGUUGCCAUGGAUACAGGGAUCCACUGGAAUGUAACAUCUGUGGUCACCACAGCAAGGACCGUUAUGAGUUCUCCUCACAUAUCGUCCGCGGUGAACAUACGUUUCAGUGAAAAGAUGGAGACAUGUAAGGGGAAGAUUUUUAUUCUCAUUUUUUUAAGCUUCAAUGUUGCUGCAGACUUAUGUAGCACAGCAGUGUGAUUUUGGACGGCUGAAUAACUAUAUGAAGGCUUCAUAGCAGUGUGGGCUGCUAUAAAUGAGAUCAGAUUUAUUGCUUUGAUUUUUUUUUUUUUUUUUAAAAGAUGCCUAAAACAGACCUCAAGAAUUACUUUGACCAAAGCUACUUUCUGCACCAGUGCACAAAGUGGCAGGCGUUGGGUUUGUGGUUGAUUGUUUUGUUUACUAUAUGAAGGAGUUUGGGAAGUACACUGAAAAGUAACAAAUUACGACUAAAUAAAGUAUUUGCAUUGUAAGAAUGAAGUUGUAAUUAUGAAAAUAAAGUAAUCGGGCAAUAUGUUGGCAGACGGAAACAAUCAGUUUAACAUGCACAAGCAACUUGAAUCAAAAAAAUUUUCUAGUAAUAUUAUGACUUUAAUAUUGUUAUGUAUUACCGCUUUUUUUCUUGAGAUUGAAAUUAUUGCUUUUUUCUCGCCCUUUCGACGUGCGUAACAUAAAAAAAAAAAACUGUGCAGCAAAUUAUAGUUUGGUUGCCUGACGCUGAAUGGUGUCCAUUUGGACUUUUUUUUUUUGCCAGUGGUAAUAUUGUCUCUCGUUGUGUCCUGCAUUUGUAGAAAUAUUAACAAUUGUGUCAUUCUCAUAAUUAAGCUGUUUUAGUACAGUAUUUAUUGUAAUGCUAGCAUUAUUUUGAAGGGUCAAUUUUCCUUUGUGUUUGAGAAGGUUGCAUUUUAAUUACAGCAAAAUAUGAGACAUGAGGCAUUCCACCGGUUUUCGUGUUUACAUGGACGCUUAACUAACUUGGAGACUUAACUUGGACCAAUACUUAUACCAAUACUACUCAAACAGAAAAAUAUACAUACUGUGUGCGUGUUUGCAUCAAAGACUCUAAAUAAUACUUAUGAACUGUUUUUUUUAUUUUUUUUAACGGAACUGUCAAGGCAGACCAACAUGAGAACGCACAUCACUAUGGCGGGUUGCUACAUGCCACUGAUAAAGCACAUAAUCUAGCACCGAUGAGUCAAGAUAAACAGAGACUCUUAAAACUUACAGAACAAAAUGGCUCUGUUGAGUAAUCGACAAGAGAGUUCACAUUAAUGUCUCAGAUGGCUCUUAACAAUACUGCAAACACGACUGUAAGGUUGGAAGGUUUACUGCACAGCCCACUGUCAAGUUUUCAUGAAAUACAACAAAAAUUAAAUAAUGUGCAAGUAGGGGUUUAACUUUAUACUCACACAAGAAUAAUACAUUCCAUCUCAUUGUAUUGCAGCAGAACAAUUAACUUCAUUGAAAUUGCACUUAAUUGUUGUACUACUCCAAACUAGAAUGGAUUGCUUAACGAUUACUUUGAAUUCAUUCACGUCCUUUUCAUUUACUUCUCGGCGAAUGGAAAUCUAGUCACACGUGUUUGAAAGCCUGGUUACUCUCGUGGAAGAAAAUAUCUCAUCAAAUGAAUCAAUGUUUAUCGGUUGGAGCUUUUAAUAUGACGUUUACUUCAUUUUUAGUUGUUGGGUGGGUCUUAAGCACUGUAAAUAAUUGUUUGUAUAUCGCACAGUAUUCUUGCAAACAUAAUGUUCUCUCCCAACUGUGUGUGGAGUACUUUCUAUACAUAAAGCCUUAAAUUGUGCCUCAGACAUUUUAAAUUAUAAUGAGAUUAUGAACAUAAUUAAUAUGCACAUUAAGGCAUUUAUUUUUGUUUUUAUAGGUGUGAACUUCUAUUUGUGGUUUUUGCUAAUCUUUUGACCUCGUGAGUUCCUUUGCAAAACCUUUUUCUUUAUGCUCAAUUCUAUUUGCUCCAAGAACCAUCGGUCGUGAGUACAAAAUGCAAUUUCAAAUCACAGCGAAAAUGCUUCGUACUGUGAAGGAAAAAGGAAUUUUACCUCAGAGAGGCUUCAUUGCAGCCUGUGAAAAGAAAUAAAGAUGUGUUAUGUAUAGCUAACCUUGCACUUUAGUCAUGCAUUUGUUGCCAACAAAGUAACAUUUUAUUAAAGUCCCACGCUAAAACCUGUUCAAACCAAAAGUACGUGUUUAAGGCUGAUGUGGAAAUGGUUUAAUGGCAGUUUCCUACCCUACCUGAUGAAUAAUUUCUUUGUCGAAGCAACUUUUCUUUCAUUUGGAAGCACACCAUAACCUUCAGAGGGCAGCUCUGCAAUUUCAUUAGCCUCAACUUUUCCUUUAAUAUCUUGAUCAAAAAGCAGCAUUUUCUUUUUAUCCCCCCCUCCCUCUCUCUUAUUCUCUGGUGCUAAGCAACCAAACAACUUAAUGUAUGCACACCAUGGCACAGAACUUUGUUUACAUCUUGAACCUGUGAAAUGUACUUUGUUAUCUAACCGGCACAAUCAAAGAAUGCUUAGAAGAACAAAACUAUAUAUAUAUAUAUAUAUAUAUAUAUAUAUAUGUGUGUGUGUUGAUAUAUCUGGGGGGUGAUCUAUUAUGUAUUUUACAUUUUAGAAAAAAAAAUGCGCUCAAUCAUCAAACAGAAGCUCAGGUAUUUGCAUAGCUUGUAUAUUUUUAUGUCCCAAAAAAAAUUGCGUUAAUCUAUCAAACAAAACAUAUAAAUUGAGCUUCUCUUGUAAUAUUGGCUCUGAAAUACUGAAUGGAGGAUUUGAACAAAAAACAAAUAAAAUGAAGGCAUGUUGCUGUGAAUAUUAUGUAUGAAAGGAAUGGGUUUCUCUCAUUUAAAAAAAUAAAUAAAAUACUGGCUUGCCUGUUCUAGAGCAGAAAGUCAAACAUUGUUACAAUAAAAAUUCUUUCAACUACUAAA